AUGUCGCCAUUCAGCUCUAUCUCUGACCAUAGCGAUUUCCCCAUGACAGAUAUCACAGACUUUCAGCGUGUGCCUUGUCAUCGGAUUAUCUGUGCUAAUGGGGCAAUCGGAGGAUUCAAGGGCGAAGCGCAAGAUACACCGUCAGGAAUCAACCAAGAAGAGAAACUAGGUUUGUUGAAGGCUGAGGGGAUUGACUUUGAUGAGACUGGACAACUAGUGGAUGUAGAAAAGUGGUGGGGUGAGUUUCGUGUCUGA